AUGAAAGCGAUUUCGUUUCUAAUAAUUGUGUUCACUUAUCGAAUACAGAAUAUUUCUGCAGUGAAAUGCCAUAAAUGUGCAACCUCAAAUGCUGUUUGGAAUUGGGUGAAAUACGGGUUGCCAGUGAGCCAGGGUGAUUCAGCAAUUAGCGAGGAAUCGUGUUUUUUCGAAGACAAACUUAAAAAGGAUGGGCACUCGUGCUCAGGCUAUUGCGUAACUGUCAACAUAACGCGGGCUGACGGUGACAGCGUCAAGACGACAGCUGUUGCCCGCGACUGUUUCAGAUCCUCUUUGCAAUUGAACGAUGGUGACCCUCCAGUUUGCAAUUCUGUUCAAAAAACGGUGAAUCGACGAAAUGUGAACGUCACCACAUGUUAUUGCUACGGAAACUAUUGCAACGGAAUCGGUUCGGCGAAUGCCUCAUUGAGCUCAAAAAAACUUGCACUUUCAUCUCGCGAAAAUAAUUCUGAAACCGAAUCUUCAAUACCUUGUGCCGUUGAUUACGCCGUUCUCGCGAUCAUUGCCAUAAUAAUACUCGCCAUACUCGUUUUCGUAUUCGUGAAAACUUUGGUUGUUUCUCGUCGCGAAGAACAUUUCGCCACCAACCUACAAACUGUUGUUAUUUCUCAUCCAAAUUCUCAUGUUGAAAUGAAUCGACCGUCUCUGGAAGUCCCCAUUAUUUUUGCGAAGAAGAUCAGUAUGACUGACGUGGAACGAAAACCAACACAUUUACCGCCCCAUAAUCCACCUCCACCAGUCCCAACACAUAACUCGUCGACAAUUAGCAGCGCUACAAGCACAUUGUCUAAAAAGCCGACAGUCGCUGCACCAGCAAUUCCAAUUAACAAAUCGCUCGAAAACAAUGGGCGUGUUAUGCAACUAAAUGGACAUGUCGGUUUCGAUUCUCUACCGCAUCAAUUGGUUAAAAAGGCUGUCGAAGCUGGCUUUCAAUUUAAUGUAAUGUGUGUUGGAGAAACUGGCAUGGGAAAAACUACUCUGAUUGAGUCGCUAUUCAAUAUGAAGCUUGACUUCGAGCCGUGUAAUCAUGAAUUGAAAACCGUCGAAUUGAGAUCAAAAACUUAUGAUGUCUCCGAAGGUGGAAUUCGCGUAAAGCUCCGAAUUGUUGAAACGGCUGGAUUUGGAGAUCAACUUGACAAAGAUAAAAGUGCAAAGGUUAUUGUGGACUAUUUGGAGUCGCAAUUCGAAAAGUAUCUUCAAGAAGAGCUGAAGCCACGCCGAAUGCUGCAAUAUUUCGAUGAUUCUCGCAUUCAUGCUUGCCUUUAUUUCAUAUCUCCAACUGGUCAUGGACUUAAAGCUCUAGACUUGGUCACUCUUCGUGAUCUAGCCAAGCGUGUUAACGUAAUUCCAGUUAUAGCCAAAUCUGACACGACUUGUAAGGAUGAGCUUCUCCGGUUCAAAUCAAAAAUAUUGAGCGAACUCGAAGCUCAAAACAUUGAAAUUUAUAAAUUUCCAACCGAUGAUGAGACCGUUUCUGCGACGAAUCAUGCAAUGAAUGCUGCUGUGCCAUUCGCCGUCGUUGGUAGCUGUGAUUUUGUCAAAAAAGAGAACGGACAAGUUGUCAGAGCUCGACAGUAUCCAUGGGGUAUAGUCGAAGUGGAGAACGAGCAACAUUGUGAUUUUGUGAAGCUUCGUGAAGCGCUUCUGAGAACGAAUGUCGAUGAAAUGAGACAAAAAACUCAUGAGGUUCUAUAUGAAGCCUAUAGGCGAGACAGAUUAAGACAAAUGAAAAUUGGCGAUGGAGAGACUGGCCCGAAAAUUAUUGAGAAAUUGGCUGCGAAACAUCGAGAGUAUCAAGAUGAGUUUGCGCGACGAGAGCUCGCAUUGCGCGAAGAAUUCCAGCACAAACUCGAUUCAACUGAGGCAGAAAUGCGCAAAACCGAAGAAAAGCUGACGGCAAAAGAACGAGAAAUUCAAGAGGAAUUUGAACGAGAAUCAAAUAAACUUGAUCUUGAAAUUCGUCAAUUGACCGAUGAAAAAAUGAAAUUGAUGUCAAAGAUGUCCAAGAAGCUCCGAAAAUAA